UUUGACUGCUGAAUUGUUAUGUCGUGCAGGCUCUAUUACGCAUAAACACUGCAUAUCUAUUCAGAGGGUCGGGCUCUGAAUGCCUAUUCAAUGCCUCUCCUAAUAGCUUUUUUUUUUCAAACGAAAAUCUCCCCCCACCUAUGCUCAUCAUUCUGGAAACAAUAGCAAGAGAUCUUCUUGGGUUUUGCAUAAAAUGUAUAGAAGACUCUCUAUUUUUGGAUUUUGUGUGUGGCGAAUUUGCGUGUAGUGGAAAAUAUGGAGAAGUCGAUGUUAAAGGCAGAGCUUUCCAAAGAAAUGCGCACAUCUCCCACUGUGCAUCCCAGCGAUUGUGGGAACAGCGAGGCUCCGAUCAAUUAUCAGCAAUUGCUGUUAGUCUUCUUCCCUUCGCCAUCAUCUCUGCUUGCUCUGUUUACUUUUUCGUGUUUUAUAGUGAUUUCAAAACUUGCUCGGAUUGGAAGUUGUUGGAGAUCUCACCGCACUAUCCAUCUGUUGUUUUGGAAAAAUUUAUGUGGAUCGAUGCUGUGAGGGACUCGGAGGUGGACACACAAUAGCUUACGCUUCCAAAUUUAUCUUUUAACUUAUAAAUAGUUUUAUUUAGGUAUUAUUAUGUAAAAGGCCUCUUUAAGUUUUAUUCUUUAAUUUGGAUUUUUAUUAUUUUAUUAUGAUUUAUACAUGCUAGUGGUAGGAUGCGGGUUUAUAAAAGA